UCUGGGAAAAUGACUCUGCAUUACCUAAGCGAGCUCCUUAUUUGCGGCUGCGUUGGCCUAAGCAUUUAGAGGUUCAAAAGAAAGAUUUUGUGCUGUGGGAUUUCCAUGGACAGAUAUGACAUGACCAGCACAGGGAGAGACAUGGAGGUUCCGAACAUCAAGCUGAAAAAAUCCCUGCCAUUCAGUCUUGGAAGGUUUCACAUUUCUGAAGAUUAUGGCUUUCUCCUUCCAGAUCCCCUGAAGGAACUUUCCCAUUACUACAUGCCCUGGAUGGAAAUAGCCAGGAAUUUGCCUCUCAUGAUUGAGAGUCAUCAGCUCCGAGUCAGAGUGGAUGUGAUGCCCUUACUAAGCUGUCACCUCCUGAAAGGUCAUCGAGAGCAAUACUUGGCCCACUUGCUGCUUAGCUUCAUCACAAUGGGAUACAUCUGGCAGGAAGGAGAAAAUAACAUUCCUAAGGUUCUGCCGAGAAACUUGGCCCUUCCCUUUGUGGAAGUCUCUCGAACCUUGGGUCUGCCCCCCAUCCUGGUGCACUCAGAUUUAGUCCUGACAAACUGGAAGAAAAAGGAUCCAAAUGGACCACUGGAAAUCAGGAACCUGGACACCAUUGUCUCACUUCCAGGAGGUGAGAGCCUGAAGGGCUUCAUCCUAGUGACCCUUCUGGUGGAGAAGGCAGCAGUGCCCGGGAUAAAGGCACUGGCUCAGGCCAUAAAUGCAGUUCUCCAGCCCAGUGAUGAUGAUCUGCUCCAGGCCUUGAAGCAGCUGAGGACAUCCAUUGAGGAGAUGACCAAAGCCUUGAGACAGAUGCAUGUUCACAUUUUGAUUGUUCCCCUAGAUUAUGUAGAUCCAGCCAUAUUUUAUGCAGCCAUCCGGAUCUUUCUGUCUGGCUGGAAGGAUAACCCAGCAAUUCCAGAGGGGCUGAUAUAUGAAGGAGUCUCAGAAGAGCCUUUGAAAUAUUCUGGAGGAAGUGCAGCUCAGAGCACAGUAUUUCAUGCGUUUGAUGAGUUAUUAGGCAUUUGUCAUAACAAGGAAAGCACUACCUUCUUGCACAGGAUGCGGGAAUACAUGCCUUCUUCCCACAGGGCCUUCCUAGAGGAAGUCCACUCUUCCCCUUCUCUGAGGGAGUACAUCUUGUCAUCUGGGAGCUGCCUGCUGCGUGAAGCCUAUAACCAGUGCGUGGGGGCCCUGGCAGAGCUGAGGAGCCACCACAUCAACAUCGUGGCCAAGUACCUCCUCACAGGAGCAGCCAAGGCCAAAGAUGGGGGCCUGGGCCACCUCCCGGGGCCACCUCAGGCACUGGCGGAGAGGGGGACUGGUGGAACAGCUGUCUUCCAAUUUCUGAAAAGUGUCAGGGACACAACCCUGGGAGGAAUCAUUGAUCAAAGUGAUUGAAUUUGACCUAACUUCUGGUCCCCCAAAGGAAAGGAGGAGGAAGGAUCUUCCCUCCCUUUUUGCAUUUCUUGUCUAGCCCCUAAAUUUGCCUCAUGUCCCUCUCCUCAAGUGGUCUCUCAGAAAUCCAGUAGGACUCUAUGUUCUGGGCUCCUGGAACAUCCUGUUUUCCUUUGUGAAAAGCUGUUGCUCAUCAGAGAAAAGGAUUAGCAUUGCCCUUUGCCCAAGACAUUGCCCUGUCUGGGUAGUGCUUAAUUAAUAGCAUAUGAUUUUGGACACAUCCCCAUUUAUAAGCAUGUAAUGGACAAUGUCUACUUUGUCCUGCCUGCAAGGCAAAUCUGCCCUCAGUCUAGAACUCCAAAAAACACAUAAAAUGCUUUGGAAUUGCCACGUUGACUGUUUCUUUACGGGAAAAAUCCAACAUUCAUUCAACAAACAUUCAAUGCCAUUACAGUAGUCAUUUUAAAAUCCUAAAAUAUAAGCUCCAAGCUGGCUCAUUUUUGUCUUUGUUUUCCCAGUACCUAUCACAGGCCUUUCACAAAGUAGCUGCUUAAUAAAAGAUUGCUGAAUUUUGAAUUAUU